AUGCGUGCGGCCGCGGAAAGUGCCUCUCACGCCUCAGCAGCAGACGAUUCGUCGCCAGUUGUCGUGAAUCCUCCAUGUGGUGAGUCACCACGUGCGACAGAGCUCAUCUAUUCCGGCAAGUCGGAUGACGCGUCCGACUCGAAGGCGACUUCUCACGCCUCGGGAACACCCAAGGCGGACGCUGCAAAAGCCAGACUGACUGGCUCUGGUCAACGCGGCGGUAUCAUGACCAAGAUCUUUGGAUCGAGUAACCAUUCCGAUGAGUCUCCGCCUCACGCAAGUCCAUCCAAUGAUAGGACGCAUGAUGAUGGUGGUGAUGCACCGAUGCAUCACCACGAGCGAAGUAACUCAAGGGAUCGGGGUUACACUGGUGCCAGUGCUCGUGCUGGCACCAAUCAAAAAUGCCAGGGACCGAAAUGCCCUGCGCCACGCUCCUCAAGUGGAGUCUCCGUGGAUGCCGCCAUCCAGAGGGUUGGACCGGUUGGCCGACACAGCUACCGAACAGGAUCGAAUCCCGUUGUUCGGUUACAGGAAGAUUUGCCACCUGAUUCCAGCACGGAAACUAUCCGUUCUGAGGAAGAAUUCUUCACCGAUGCGUUUUUCAAACAUCGGUGGUACAAUGGUAGCCGUGUACGAGACGGAAAAGCCUUGGUGCAAGGAUGGAACGCCCUCAUCCACAACAUCGAGUGUAUUGGCCGUGAGACUUGGCUCGCCAAACUUAAUGCAGCUCGCAUAAGGUUUGAGAAACGCAACCCAGUCGGGGAGCGAUACAAGUUGCACCGGCUUUCAAGAGAGGCAGGAUUACCCUGUCUCUUGUGGGGUGAUUAG